GCCAGUGAUGGCCGCGACGUGCGUCGGAUCGGGAUUCGUGCGGCGGGCUUGUUUACCGUGACGUCGUCCCGGCCACCGGCGGCGGUGAACCCGCGUCUCGUUCCGCGUCGGGAUCAGCGGCACGCCCGGGUUGGCAGCCGCCGCGUGCACGCCGCGCGUAUCGACUCCGCCGCAAAGCGAGGUGGACGUGCGCGUUCCGCGUUUUGUCAAAACCGCUCCCGCGGUCGUCCGCCGCGAACAGUCCGUCCGUCAGAUCGUGUGCAGCCGUUUUCGGAUUAAAGACCGCCGGGGCGUCUCGUCUUCCCCCCUCCCCCCAGGCUCGCGUGACCUGUCCCCGUCGGCGAUUUAAUGACGAGUGAGUGCGAGCAGUAAGAGCGUGCGAGGGUGGCCUUCCACGGGCACGAGACGACGACUCCACGCCCCCGUCGGUACCCUUUUUUUCUCGCCGAAGACGCGCGCAGAGAGCGCCUCAGUGUAUGAACCAAGUUAAACCAAGAUCAAAGUUGCUCUACAUUGGCAGAGAAAUGGAUAUAAGAUGCUAGUGAAAAUGGCAGAGGAAGGCGCGGGCGGAUCGGGAAACGGUAGCAGUGGCGAGAUGAGCCGUUUGCAGCUUCUGCAGGAGAUGCGACAGCAGAACUUCGACACUAUACGAUUCGCAUCGUAUCGUACCGCCUGUAAGCUGAGAUUUAUACAGAAGAAAGUGCACCUGCACAACGUCGAUAUAUGGAACGUAAUCGAGGCGUUUCGAGAGAACGGUCUGAACACGUUAGAGCCGUCGAGUACCUUGGGAGUAUCCAGACUCGAAACACUACUGUCUUCCCUGUUUCACGCACUGAACAAGAGAGUGCCGGUGUCGCAGCAAUCCAAAGUUGACGCUACCACAGCGUUGCUGAUGAACUGGCUGCUUGCCGCUUAUACCAGCGGGGAGAACAAUAAAAUAUCCGUAUUCUCGGUUAAGGUAGCUCUAGCAACGUUAUGCGCGGGAAAGCUCAUGGAUAAAUUUCGAUAUAUAUACUCGCAAAUAUCCGAUAGCAACGGUCACAUGAUACACUGGAGGUUCGCCGAUUAUCUGAAAGAAGUUCUAGCUUUAACCGCGGCAGUUUACGAAUCCCCAUCGUUCGGAUAUUCCGACGGUCUUGCUAAUUCGAUUUUUCCUGCGAAUUCCAAAGUCACCGUUAACGAUUUUCUGGAUACGCUUAUGUCAGAUCCUGGACCACACUGCUUAAUCUGGUUACCGUUGUAUCACAGAAUGGCGGCCGUGGAAACAGUUGCUCAUCCUAUUAUGUGCGACGCAUGUCACAAAGAGAACUUUACUGGGUUCCGAUACAGAUGUCAGAAGUGCCAUUCGUAUCAGCUAUGUCAAGACUGUUUCUGGCGUGGUAAAGUUUCAGGGACGCAUAAUAAUGAUCACGAAACGAGAGAAUAUAGCAGCUUCAAAUCACCGAGUAAGCAAAUUGGCCAUUCCCUGCGAAAGAGCUUUAGAUGUGUCCCCGAGAAAGGAAAGAACAGUCUACCGCGAUUCCCGGAACAACCCGAGAAGACGUUAGAUCUAUCGCACAUAGUCCCACCGUCACCUUUACCAUCUCACAACGGUUUUCCAGAUCCAGGAUUUAUGGCUCCCUUUGAUUCGGGUUCAGUGGAUAGUCGUUCGACUUUGAGAAGUAUGGACAGUUCAAGACUGGACGAUGAACAUAAAUUAAUAGCACGAUAUGCACAAAGGUUGGCACAAGAAGCUAGGACCAUGCCUCGUACCGCGUCCAGAAUGUCCCAGGCAGAUCAAGCGGGUCGAGCACCGUCGGAUAUGAACCUGGCGUCGUUCGACGCGUCACGGGCUCAACGUGAGCUUAUAUCGCAGCUGGAGGCAAAGAAUAAGGAAAUAAUGCGCGAGAUAGCAAGGUUAAGAAGGCAACAAGAGAUAGAAGCUGCAGGUUUAGAAAAUCCGGCGUUAAUGUCAGAAUUGCGAGCUUUGAGACAGAGAAAGGACGAGUUGGAGACACAUCUAGCGACGUUGCAAGAUUCUAGGAGGCAACUAAUGGUACAGUUGGAGGGUUUAAUGAAAAUGUUGAAGAAUCAUCAGGCAUCGCCACGAUCAACACCAAAUAGUUCACCGCGAAGUACGAAGUCACCGCCUUUGCCACCCGGUGCCAUACCGAGCAGUAGAUCGGCACCGCCGACUCCCGGCGGACCCUUAUCUACACCUCAACAACAGCAACAGCAGCAGCAACAACAACAGCAACAACAGCAAAUGCAGCAGCAGCAACAGCAACAAAUGUCUCAGAGCUAUCAAAAUCCUAUACCGACAACGACAGUGGCUAACGCUAUACAAGGCAACGCUAUGCUCGGCACGAUACAGAAUCCCAUUCCAGAUAGCUUGUCGUGCGUUGGAGGCGAUGUAAGGUCUGCGUUCAGGACAAACAGCUUACCAGGGAGCGGUUCCAGCAGUGCCAAUAAUAGUUUGGGCCGAUCCUUAAGAAACGACUUACUGGUAGCCGCCGACAGCGUUACUAAUGCCAUGUCAACACUUGUGAGGGAAUUAAAUUCAGACUCAGACCAGGAGGACCAUUCUCACAACUCGGGGCUAAUGAACAUCAGAAAACCGCUAGACUUUGAAGCCGGUGAGGAUGGAGACGAUAGCAGCGGCGGUGGGAAUUCCUGGCGAGAAGAGCUGCAGCGACGUUAUCAACAGGAGAACGACUUUUUGGCGGAAUUGCGAUCUCGUAACAAUAUACCGCACACACCAUCAGCCACGCUGUCCAAUGAGCAAGAGCAAGAAAGAGGCGAGAGAGAAGAGGCGGACGGUGAAAAGGAAGAUGAAGACGAAUCCAAUUGGGCGGAAGCGGUGAAGAGAUGGGUCAAUCGAUAAACCGAUCCAGCGAGAAGCCCUGGUCGUCGAAGAUAUGAGUUUGAAGAUGAAGAAGAUGCGACAGCGCGAUUGGAUCAUACACCUACACGCUGUGGACUAAUACUUCGAUAUUAGUAUACUGUAUAUGUAAUCUUAGGGAAAAUUGGAUGUUGCGAUUUCGAAAAUCUAUACAUUUUGUAAGGCGGUACUUGCAGUUGAAGAGCGACGCGAAAAUCGACGAAUAAAUUGUAAUUGAUGUAAUAAGAUUUGACAAAAGUAAUGAGGAUUUUCACGUAUACGAAACGAGUACCGUAAUUAAUUCGUAAAAUGGCAUUUGUAUCGCGAGCAUACAAUGAUUUUGCUACUGCAUUUAUUUGCAAUUUGUAAUAUAAUAAGACUUUCAGAGUUUGUUAAAUAUAUACCCAUAUACUAUAUAUACCUAUAUAAAUACGACUUUUAAAAAUAAGCAUUUGUUUUAUUACAUUUUUUUAUUUGUUGUUAUUAUUGUUAUCGCUAUUUGUAAUUACUACUAAGCGAAUUAAAUGCAAUACACAAGAGUACAGUAUGUAUCUUGUAAUUCCAUCGCUUUAAAAGCUAGUUUAUUUUUAAGGAAGCAUAUAUCUGUACAUAUUUAAAACGAUAAUUGAUAACUGACGAAAUAAUUUUAUCAUGUCGCAAUAUUAUUCAUCCACGCAGACGUUUAUAUUAUCUCAAUACGAAGAAUUUUGCACAAGUGUUACCAUACCAUUGACCAAACCUGAAAUAAUUAACUGUAACGGUAAGGCGAUCGCAAUUGAAUCAACUUUUUAACAUAUUAUAAGUUUAACGGGAACUUGGUUUGGUAAGCCAAAAUGUGUUUUUGUACAUUCGUACUGACGCUUGACGUACAAUAACGCUAUUAAAUGAAAAUAAUAAUAAUAAUACAUAAACGAGUAUAGAAGUAUUGAUGCAUUAGAUAACGCUUUGAAUGACGACUUUGAAUUCGUUCGCAUUUACAAUUGAAUACGAAAGAGUAGAGGAACGAAACUAGUCUUACGUACAAAAUACUCGUUUUUCAGUUCCUAGUAUAUAAGAGAGUAUUCCGAUUACUAAUCCAAUUGUUAAAACACACGACUGCUACCGAUAAGAACCAAUGCGUUUUGUAACAUUUAAAUGGCAUGUCCUGUCCGCGAAAUAUCCUGUGUGAAUAUAUACAUAUGUGACGUCAAAAUUUCCUUUGUCUAUCUCUUUGCGUAUGAAAAUGAUGUAGCGCCUAUGAAAACUGAAUAAAAGUUUAUAGAUACACA